AUUCGCUCUACCCCUCCUCGUAUCAUCGCCUCUCCUCCAACGCAGCCUCGCAGGGCAGCCGUAGCUAUCCUUAUUCGUGUUGUACCAUCACCUACGGCCAAUCUGCCGGUUUUACAUCCCACUCAACCCUCCUUGAACGAAUUCUUUGACUUGGACUGGGUUAAAGACCCCAACUCCCGUCCUGAAAUUCUCUUCCUCCACCGCAGUACUUCUUCCGACGGCGAUGCCAGCUAUAGUCAAACCAAGGUCCGUAACACCGACGAAGCUCAUGUUGUCUUUCCCGGGGGGAGAAUGGAGCCAGAAGAUGAAGGUGGUUUAUACACUGCAAUGAGACAAACAUGGGAAGAAAUAGGUAUUGAUCUCGCUGAAUCCAUUUACACCUGCGUAGGGCAGCUCGACGACCGUGAAAUUACAACGUCCUUGGGGAAACGCCUCCUAAUGAUCUUGUCGCCCUACGUUUUUGUCCAACUCACUCCUCACGCCCCUCUUCCUGACCCAAUCCCUACCACAACUCUACACUGGACGCCUCUCUCUUCACUUGUAUCUCCUCACUUGCCACCGAAAUGGUCUACUGUCACCGUCGACGCUGCGUCCCGCCUCGCCCCAAAACAUUCUGCAAUCUUGCGGGUUCUCGUUCGCGUGUUGGUAGGAAGUAUGGAGUUUCCCGCCAUUCUUCUAGACCCUUCACGGAAUCCUUCCGUGUCCAUAGUCCAACAGAAGACAAAUGACGGUCUAGAGCAGGAUCGUCAUCCCAUCCCGCCACCCAAGCACCUCAAGCUCUGGGGUCUUUCCUUGGGCAUGACGCUUGAUUUAAUGUCAUAUAUGAUCCUCCCAACACCGAACAACGACAUCAAAGGUCAAUCUAGAAGAGGGGAUGCCACCCCGCCGUCUCCAUUAUCACAGGUGAUGCAAUUGCCAUACCAGAAUGUCGCGGAGGAUUUUCGGAUGGAAUACGUUGCUCCGGGCCUAGCCAGUGUCUUCCCCCGAUUCUCUUAUCCCGACGUCAACUUUUGGAUCUGGGUAUUUGGAAAACGUUACCGUGAAGUUGUUCGCGGGUGGGAAGCAAGUGUUCGAGCGGGUGGAACCAAUGAUCGCCGGAUCAACUGGUCCGGCUCAGCACUAAGCACGUUUUAUGCUGCGAUACGCAAAGCUCUCGUAGUAGUCAUCGUAGCGCGUGCCCUCGGUAUUCUCCUCGGUCUCGCUUUUGCUGGGUGGUGGAUAUUC